AUGUUUUUAUCUACGAGUCUUAUUUCUUCCAAAACUGUUAUAGUUCUAGCUAUUUAUCACUUUAACAUGCUAACUACUAACAUUUGUACCUUAAUAAUAAUAAAAUGUCAUCAGUUUUCCAAAAUAUCUAUCGAUGAAAUGUCUCUACAAAGCAUCAAUACUUAUAAAUUGUGUUCAGCUGUCAUCAUUAACUACAUCAUUCAAUUAAAAGCUACAUUUUUACUUCCAGGAAUGUCUAGCUCUGAAAUAGAUGAGUUGAGAACCCUCCUGCGUUCCCACAAUGGUGACCUAGAGAAGUUGAAAAAGGUCAUGUCCAAGAUCAUGGCCAAUGUGUAUGUUGGCAAGGACAUGUCCUCCUUAUUCCCUGACAUUGUCCUACAAGUGAGAGUCAAGGAAAGCUCCAUCAGUCGCCUCAUUGGGAUGUUUACUGCUCAGUAUGGUCACCUUCACUCUGAAACAGCUCUGCUCUGCAUUAACCAACUUACCAAGGAGAUAAUGCACGAUUCUGAACCCCUCAAACGUGGACACGCUCUUCAGACUCUUGGUUCUUUGAAUAUUCCAGAUCUAGCAGAGUACAUAGCCCCACCAAUCAAACAAGCACUUCAGGAUAGCAGUCCAUAUGUGAGACGUCUAGCUGUGGAUGGGUGUGUCAAGGUUUUCAAGAUGAGUAGAGAUGUUUUUGAGGAACAACUCUUAGGGCUGCAUCUUGAGGAGAUUCUAGAGGAUUUCGAUGAAGGGGUGGCUGCCAUCGCUAUCAUAGCAUUAGUACAAACAAAGCCUGGCUACAAAAUGAGACAGCCUCUUGCUAUGAAACUUUUAAAACGUCUGAAUGACUUUUCUGAUUGGCAAGUACCUCUCAUCUUAUCAGGAAUUGAUACUCAAACACUAACCAAUGGUGAGGCUGGUGUUAUGGAGGUGCUUAACUUAGUCGAUGGAUUUCUUGAUGAUUGUUCUCCGAGUGUUGUUCUUCACACAGUCACUUUGCUUCAACCCCUGAUCACUGGACUGGAUUCUCGUGAAAUGCAGUCCCAGUUCAUCGACCGAGUUACCAAACCUUUGCUUUUCCGAGUUAUACACUCCAGUCCAGAAAUUGCAUACUGGUUUUGUCUUGAAAUUCCCAAAAUAAUUGACGACACUUCGGUUCUGUUCAGACACUACAAGACAUUUUUCCCAGCUUACCACGAUCCUGCUUACUUGAAAGCUGAAAAACUCCGGGUGCUAUCAACAAUUAUCAAUAAAAACAAUGUCUCCAAGAUAGUUGCUGAGCUGUUAGAAUGUCUGAACUCGCCCAAGCAUGCUGAUAUUUGCCCGGAGUUGGUUGAGUGUGUUACAGCUUGUGUCCUGACUCACGGCAGCGAGAUGAGCGGACUCAUCGUUCAGUUGACUGGACUGCUCCAGUCUGGGUCUGGUACAAUCAUCUCCACCUUACUUCCCUGCCUGGAGAACAUUGUAGUUUCGCUGCAGGACAGCGCUGAGGUGGUUCUACCCCAGCUUCAGCGCUGUGCAGAAUUUGAUCUAACACCAUCAGCCAACAUUGCUCUGUUGUCCAUGUUGGGAUCCUAUGGUCACAUCUUACCAGAAUGUGUUUCCAUGAUGUACUGCUAUGUGGAGGAGUACGGUAACUUGGAGUGUGACGUCAGAACAGCUCUCCUGGCUGCUUGUCUAAAACAGUCCGGUCUCCCCGGAAUGGCAACCAUUGCUUACAAACUUCUUACUCUCGUUGCUAAGGAUGAUGAUCCUCUAAUGCGAGGGCGUGCCAAUGUCUACUGCAACGUUAUUCUGAACAACUUGAAGGGGGUUUUGGACUCAAAGGAUGCACCCCAUGUUUCUGUUUCGGCUAAGGAAGCGAUAUCGUUUGAGUGCUAUCCAGUUGAUAUUGGGCGGUCUGUCACAGAAGAACUCCCAGAGGAAGCUGAAGAACCCAAAUCUGUUGUCUCAGAGCCUGUUGAGGUUGCGUCUGUUGAGGUUGCUGUAAAUUUACUGGAAAUAGAUGAUCCAGUCCCAGCACCUACAGUCGCUCCUGAUCUCAAUACAAAACAGGGGAAUGUCGGAGAAACUUUAGACGAUAUAUUAGGACUCAACACACCACCUACAAGCAACAUAACAGACAUUUCUACAACACAAGCCACCAAAAACACAAGCUCUAUCAGUAUCAACGAUGAUCUGUCCUCGUUAUUUGGUCCACCAGCAUCUUCACAGAAAAGUAGCAAUAAUGCCGCAGAAACACAAUCAGUUAAAAACUUCCUCAUGACUUUAUCACUGACUACAGUUCAACCGGAGGUAUACGAACAGAACUGGGGUAAAAAUUGGAAACCAGAAAAGUUCAAAGUACAGCUGUACAAAACGAACAUUUUAGUAUCGACUGAUAUACAGGCACUUCUACUGAGACACUCAAUAUCGACCAUGGCUAUCACUCCUUCUAAUGUAGAUCCUCAGCAGAUAUUCCUUUAUUCGUCUAGUGCAGGAAUGCUUGUAUUAAUGAAGAUUCUUCUUAGUUUUGUGCAAAAUACUUUGGAAAUUGAGGUGAAAUCGGUGAACUACAUGAUCUCACAAAUGAUGGUCAAGUCUGCUAGGCACAUUUUUGGAGUCUUAUAAUUUGGGAAUUUGUAGUUCAGAAAUGUAAAUACUGGAUGUGAUCAUGUUCUUUUUAGUGGUUGUGUUUUUAGUGUCACACGUGCAACAUGUUUAGUAUAAAAAUGCGAUAUGAGUCAAGUAUUGAGAGGAUUUGUAAGUUGUGAAAACCUCGACCCGUCAUAGUUUUAGGCUGGUAAAGUUGUGAUCGAAGCACCAAUCAAAGUUUCCAUAACGCAUUGUUAUGUCUGAUUGGUACGGUAUGUUUUGCUGUUGCAUGGCGUUCAUUUAAUUGGGACCAAUACUCUAAUAAGCGAUUAAACAGUUGAUUAACUUUUAUUAAGAUAUUAGGCUAUCUCUAUAGAUUUUGAUAAAUGGUGGUAAAAUUUAAAAACAUUUUUGUUGGAACAUCACUGAUGUUCAAAACCAACGAUAAAAAACUUUUAUUAGGGGCUGCUGUUAGUUUCUAGUGCAGUACAGGUGAAAUCGAUAAUACACACAAAUUUGAAGACAAGAAGUGCUAAAAUUGCGUUUUCUUUGAAUUGGCCUCUCUUCUUAUGAUGAGAUCCUUGAUGCUGUAAUUUUAAUUUUGAUUUGAUGUAAAAAGUUUUGGACUGAUUUGAAUGUUAAAUUUUGAAUUUUGAAUGGAAUACCCGGAUAGGAAACAUAUUGUAAUACAUAAUGUUAUGUCAGUGUUAUUGUGAUUACUUUCAUAUUCAGUUUGUGGCUGAUAUCAACAGCUAGUUCCA